AUGAAAAUGGUGACGGAAUCUAAUAGAACGCGGAAAGGGCCGCUGUCUGGAGAUCGCCAGGGCGCGUCUGGAGCUGGCGCUGAACACGACAGCAUGCGAACCGCUAACCGAGAGCGAUGUGCCGCUCGAUCUCCAGCAGCCCCUCGCAUCCAUCAUCCCCACCAGCUGGCUUGGUGGCCUUCGGGGUCUUCGCGCUCAAAUAUAUUUGAUAUCAGCGAACUUGAACAGCUACGGCGUGAGGCUGUUCCCUCAUCAGAUGAAAAUGCUACAGCUGAGGAUGUGGCGCCACAGCUAGCAGAGCAACCGGCAAACGUGGAUGCCGCCGUGAAUACCCCAGUUGUGGUUAAUUCAAACGAUGAUGGAACAGUCGCCCAAGAACUGGAAAUGGAGAAAAUGAGGAGUAUGUCGGAAGAGGCGAUUGCGGAAACGCGCAGUACGCCUCUCGAAAAUCGACCGCGACUUCCCCGCAUAGCCUUAAGCAAGCGGAAUUGA